AUCUCACUGCUCUUUGUCUGAUCCUCUGCAGCAGACACAGCUGGUGAUCAUGUGAGAUGCAUGCACAGCUCGGAGCAGUACUGGCCAGCUAAUGUAGGCAAUGGCUUUCUGAGCAGUGCAUUAGCAUCCAGCAUCCACAAGGUCGUUCAGCCCAGUGUAGGGUCCAUCUACAAGCAGGAUGGGUCGUCUGUGUGACAGAUGUGCUCAGCUGGUACAGGAUUUCAUCAACUUUGUCAGGAGAUUGUCUUCAAGGAUAGUGGAGCACAUCAAGGAAUGUGUAGCUCUCCUUAGUGAGUGCUGCUGCCUGAAUCCCAGGGGUUCCAAAGUGAAGCAGCUCUAUGAGCCUGUCCUUCAGAGCCAUGAGAAGCAAGCUGCCCAGGAGUUCCUCAACCACAUGGAAACAGGACUUAAUGAAUCACCGGUGGGAAAAGAAACCCUGGACGCUCUGAUGAUCUUAGCGUUUUCAGAAAAUGCUGACCUCCAGCAUUCUGCUGCGCUGUACUACUUGCAUAUGAGCCAGCACAUGAAUACACAGCUACCACCAGAGUUCCUAGAGCCGUACCAGCCAUUGCUACAGUCCAGUGACUUAGAGGUUCAGCAGAUGUCGUCUUUAUCUCUUGUAAACUUUCUGCUUGAAGGAAAUUUGAAUAAGGAGCUUGUUGUCCAGGUGGGGUUGCUUGAGCCAAUUCUGGAGUUGUUGGACUCUGGUGAUUCGGCAGUGCAGUGUAACUCCUGUGCAUGCAUCAUGACUUUGGCUAUAUCAGAAUCCAAUCGUGAGGCCAUUGGUAUUGCAGGAGGAAUCCUGCCUCUACUUACAUUGGCAAAGUCCUAUGAUCCUAGGGUUCAACAAAACGCUGUUGGAGCGAUUCUGAACUUGACUCGAUCAGAGAGGAUCAAAAGCAUUCUGUGUGGAGAGGGAGCUCUGCCAGUUCUCACUACUCUUCUACAGUCACCAGACUCAGAAAUCCAGUACUACAGCUGUGCUUCUUUGGGUAACAUCGCUGCUAAUCCAGAGCACCAUAAUGCCAUGCUCGCCGUUGGGGACAAAAUAUUGCUACAGAUGCUGGUCUCUCUGAUGUCUUCCUCUGUUCAAAAGGUCUCAAGUCAGGCGUGUCUUUGUUUGAAUAACCUAGCUUCAAGUGGGGAAGUUCGGGCUCGCCUUUUCACCAUGGACAUCAUGCCUUUAGUCCUCACCCUGCUGAAUUCUAGCAAUAAAGAUGUCCGUCAAGCUUCCAUUACUCUUCUGUGCACUAUGUCCCAUCCUCCAGGAAAUAUGGAUGCAUUGCUAUGUGAAGAAAUGCUUCAACAUUUAGCCAUGCUGAUGCAGAGGGAGAGAGCAAAUCCUGUGGUGGUUAUUCAUGCAUCCUGCACUAUCCAGAAUCUAAGCCAGCCAGAGAAUAUAGAGGUUAUUGUGGGCAGCCAGUGCUUUGAGGAAUUAUUGGUUUCACUUCUUGAUUCAAACAAUGAAGAAGAAUCGCUGCAGUAUGUGGCGUCCUGCCUUGCAGAGCUAACAGAACAUGACUUCACACGGCAGAAGUUGAUUAAAAGGAAGGAUGCAGCGCUGAUCAAGUGCCUGGUGAGGCUGGCGGUGCGCUUGGAACACAAAGAACUCUCCUUUCAGGCUGCCACUGUUAUCAAACAUCUGUCACAUUCUGGACAAGUCGCUCCAGAUUUGAAACCAUUUAUGAAAGAAGUCCAAGCCUACCUCAUAAGUUUCCUUAAUCACCCGGAAAUGAGAUUUCAACAGAUGGCCAUAGCCACCCUGUGCUCCUUAAAUGAAGAUCCUGAAUUUUCUGUGGCCAUCAGUCAAAGUCGACUAAAAGAACAGCUUGAGCAAGUCAGUCAGCAGACAGAAGAGACCCAAGCGCUACUCAAACUGGCCAUUAGUCAGACAGAUAACUUAAACUUGAAAGAGUGAUUGGUGACCACUCUAUAUAAAUAUGUUUACAGUGUCUUGGCUAGUGGGGCUGGCAGCAAUAAGCCCCACUGACUGUUCCAUGUAGUGUUUCACUUUUCCAAAUAGGGAAGAUAGUUAGUGAUGUGGAUCUUGAGUGUUGGUGCAUUCUCCUAACAGUAAGCAUUAAUCCUACAUUUGCAAAAUGCAAACCCUAUGUUGGUACCUGACAGAGCACAUUCAUGUUGGGGGAUAAAGAAUUUCACUUAAAGGUGAAACGACACUUGUAAUAAAUGAAUUAUCUAGUAUUAUUAUCAUUAGAAAUCAGUGCCACUUGUAUGUACAUGAAGAUUGUGUACAGCCAAGUAAAUGGAGCUUAAUACCAUUAUCGGUAGACAAGAAUGGGUCUGUGUCUAGUUAAAACAAAACUAUUUUUAAUUCUGGACAGGCCAUAAAUUAUUAUAAUGGAGAAUAUCUAGGAAUAGACUGUUCCUGUAACUAUGGAAACAAGCCGUUCAUUGGAUGAUGAAGUUAAGGUAGAAACUCACUCAGAACCAAACAUAUCACAUUCUUCCUUUUUAUUUAUUGUACUUCUCUUUUAAGAAUAGACUUUGUGUUUUAUACUGGUUUUGUUACUUUACAUUUAUUCUUAAUGUACCGUAUUAAAUAUUGAUAUGGUCUUACUGUGAACCUGUGGAAAAAUGAGUGAUUAAAUAUUAAACUGGAA